GCAGUAGAGUUCCGCAGCUGACAUGCUCAAAUGUGUUGUAGCGCAUUUGUCGAUGGACAUUGUGUCUCCACAGCUAUUUCUAGUGAAAUGGACGUUAUGUCAGUGAAGCAGAAUACCUAUAUUUAUAUAGAAAUCCGAGUUAAUAGCCUAAGUAAAUCUAUGAGAAGGGUUAUUGUAUGAUUCCUACAUUUUUGUACUACUAGUGUUUUAUUAUAGUUUACUUUAUAUAUAUACAUGCAACCAUACCCGGACUCAUCGGAAUCGUAUUAUUUUGAUUCUUAAUUGUGCGAAACCAAGUAAACUAAAUAGGCUUGAGACUAACUAGUGCUACUACUAGCACUAGUAGUAGUAGUAGUACACACUGUCCUUAGAACUGCUAGUACUACUACUAGUGAUAAUAUUAAUUAUUAUAAAGUAACUCAGUGCCAGUUAGGGGCGCAGAAGAAAAUAAAAAUGGAAAGUGUAGGAGAAUUUGAGUACAGUACUAAAGAUUUAAUUGGACAUGGCGCUUUUGCGGUAGUAUUUAAAGGACGACAUAAAAGGAAAAAGGACCUCACUGUGGCUAUUAAGAGUAUCACAAAAAAGAAUAUUGCAAAAUCUCAGAACUUGCUUGCAAAAGAGAUCAAAAUUUUACAAGAACUUACUGAACUUCAUCAUGAGAACGUUGUGGCCUUAUUGGAAUGUAAAUUUUGCAAUGGAGGUGACCUAGCUGACUAUUUUCAUGCUAAUGGUACUCUUAGUGAAGCUGUGUUGCAGCUUUUUCUCCGACAGAUUGCUGAAGCCAUGAAAGCUCUUAAUGCAAAAGACAUUGUUCAUCGAGACUUGAAACCUCAGAAUAUAUUAUUGUGCCAUUCAGGGAAGUCAAGCCCAAAACCAAAUGAGAUCACUUUGAAAAUUGCAGAUUUUGGGUUUGCUCGUUUUCUUGAAGAGGGAGUAAUGGCUAUGACACUCUGUGGCUCUCCAAUGUACAUGGCUCCAGAAGUAAUUAUGUCAAUUAAAUAUGAUGCCAAAGCUGAUUUGUGGAGUAUAGGAACUAUAAUUUUCCAGGGAUUUACUGGAAGGGCACCUUUUCAGGCACAAACGCCUCAAGCUCUGAAACAAUAUUACGAGAAAAAUCCCAACCUCGUACCCAAAAUACCCACAGGAAUGUCACCAGAAUUGGCUGACCUUCUUCUAAGACUGCUGAAGAGAAAUGCAAAAGACAGAAUGGAUUUUGAUGAAUUCUUUUCUCAUCCUUUUUUGAAGCCACCCACAAAAAAAAAUGUUUCAAGUUCUGGAAGAAAGAGAAGAUCUAUUUCACCUGAUGGCUGUCAAGCAACAGACAAUAUCCAUCCAUCUUAUCAUGGAUGGCGUGAAGAAAGGAAUAGAAAUGAAGCUAUAAGAGAAGGCAGGACUGACAGAGUUAAAUUAGCUUUUCCUAAUACCAAACAGACAGCUCAAAAUGUAAACAAAACAUCACCUUGCUCUCCUGAUGACCAGGAAUUUUCCAUGGUUCCUGGACGACUUCCUGGUGAUCAGAUUGAAAAUGGUAAUUUUGGAGAACCACCUAGUAGAAGAUUUAGUGGCCCUAGAAGCUUUCUACCCAGACCUGUGUCAUCAGUCUCCCCUCCAGUGAAAAAACUGACAACUCUUGCCCCUUCAGUUAAGACAGCAAAUGUCUUUCUACCUAGUCGACCACCUACAACUCUUCGCCUACCUUCCACUACUACUUCUGUGGCCCCAACUGAUAAUUAUACUGCACCCAGCAAACCAACCCACCCAUCUGAACCUAUCCCAGUCCCUUCACAAAAGGAUGCUUAUCAGAAGAUCAAGAGAAGUCUUGAAGAGACAUUGAAUGGUUUGAAGGGCUUCCAAACAGAAGAUGCAUCAUCAGGAAUCCAAACUCUCAGAUUUUCACCUUUGUCCCCUCAAGUUCAGCCCCCCAAGGAACAAGAAACUGAUGCAUUAGUGAGAUAUGAAAACAAUUCCUCUGGUCUGAUGGAUGUGACAACAGUGCCAUCUAGGGUUGCGACUACAAACUAUGUUGAAGAGCCUGAUUCAUCAGAUGCUGAUGGUGAGGCAGCUCAGGGAGCCACGGGGAGACAGGAAUUACAUAGACCUGAACACCCAAUGGAGAACUUUUUGAUUGCCAUGGAAAAGGUGGAUUUUUGUGGCAACUUCAACAGUUACUUUUUACAACAAAUAGGAUUAGCCUUUGGCAAAGGAGAUGAAUAUUACGCACAUAGUCAUUCUUCCCGCAAAUCUGUGCCUGAAGACAUGAAUAGCCAGGUUGAAGGAAUGAAACAAGAAGAGUUUCCUCUACAACGAUCUGGAAGCUCAGGACAACUGGAACAAACAUUAAACUAUGGAAGAGAGGACAGAGAACCUUAUGUUAAAAAAAGGACACUUUCUAGUCAUCCUGAAAAAAUGCGUCGCUAUUCAACUGGUGGUUAUGAAGGGUUUGAAGACUAUCCCAUGGAGUCAGCAAACACAGAAGAACCAGAGAUGUUACUAGGGCCAGAAUUUCAGGAAGAUACAAUAUUGGAGAAAGAACAUAAUGAGACUUUAGCAAAACUGAACUUUGUUUUGGCACUGGUAAACUGUAUUCUAGAACUUGCAAAGUCUAAAGGCACACCAGCAGGAUCUCUCAAUGACUCUGCACUGAAAGUACAGAAAUAUGAAGGUGAAGCUCCUCCUGUAAGUGAAGGUUACAGACGAGCAGAACAGCUGGUGUUAUAUAUGCGGGCACUUCAGCUGUUGUCAUCUUCCUUGCAGCUAUCUCGUCAAGAAGUUCAUGGUGAUCGUUUGAAACCAUCACCACAGGUUCACUAUGUUCUUCAUACAAUGAAGGAACGUUUCCAUUACUGUCUAAACAUGUGUAAAUCGCUUAGCAGCUCUGGCAUCCUUCAGGCCACCGGAGUGGAUCCCACUUCCUGCAACAUAGCUGCAGAUCGUCUUCUGUAUGAUUAUGCUAUUGAAAUGUGUCAGUCAGCUGCAUUGGAGGAGCUAUUUGGGAAGAAUCCAAAGAAGUGUCUUCAGCACUACCAAACGGCCCAAAUCCUUCUCCAUAGUCUAGCACACCAGAUCACUAAUGAAGAAGACAAGAAACUUCUGAACAAAUAUAGAGAUGCAGUGGAACGACGAUUAUUUUUGAUUCACAGACAAAGCCACAUGGAUGCUUAUGACAGUGUCUGAUAUCAGCUUAUUUUCUCUGGCCAGUCAAUUGAACAAGCCUGUAUUUUUAUGUCUGAAUCCUCAACUAAUCCUCCUGAUAUGUAUCACAAACUCUAAAAACGUGUAGUGGUGACAUUACUGGUCAGUAUUUAGCUCCAUUACAGUUUAAUGACUCAAGUCAAAGCUGUAGACUAUGAAGCAUGAAUUACCAAAUUAAAGCUGAGUCACAGCAGAUGUGCUAGUCAUGAAUUCUUACUCUUGUGUUUUUCUUAUGAAAGAACAGGGACUUAGGUAUUAAUAUAUAGCAGCAUUUUUCAGUGUUUGGUCUUUACAUAUUCUUACUCUGAAGUUUAAUACUACUACAAGUAAGAAUACAACUGUAUCAAUUCAUUUUCAUAAUUCAUAUAUCAAAUGUAGGUCAGCAUAUAUAGUUGGAUUGAAAGUUAUAACAAGAUAGUGUAUGUGCCCAUGUGUGUGUGUGAUACUUCUGGUUCAGUUCAAACAGCAAGUAUGAGUUGCAUAGUUUUUUGGUUAUGUAAUGUAAGUUAGAGCAUAAUGUGAAAUAGUCAUAACUUAAGUAUGUCAUGCUUAUAAAUUCUCUUACAAGAUAAAGACUGAUUAUUAGGAUAUUGUGGUGUUGUAGAAGUAUACAGGUAUGUGUGAGUCUCUACAAAAUUGUAUAUUCUGAAAGUAAUAUGUUACUAAAUAAAUAGCAUAGAUGAAUUUUGUUCUUUUAGAUAGGUGACCAAUUAUUGUAUACUUUCUUAUAGUGUAGUGGUAAACAUCCAGAUUCUAAUGUAAUAAAACCCUUGCUAUAACAGUUGGUUUUGACUGGAUCUGUUUUUUAAUUUUAUGAUGUAAUGCUUUGGUGAUAGCCGUUACAUUUAAUGUUGUUUAAGAAAACGUGGAUAUUGUGUUUGUUAAUUUAAAAUAUUGCAAGGAAGUUUCUGUUUUUAUAUUUACCAAUAUUUAAUUACCAGAUUUAAAGAAAGUUGCCCUUAAAGUUAAGGAGCAGUUUGUAAUAUGUUGAAUUACAAAUAGAACCGAUACACCUGCUGGGCUACAUGAGUUAUGGUAAGAAAUGGUAUUGUAAAAAACGAAUAUUUUAUUAGUUAGGUUAUAUGUUUGUUUUACACAAUAAUAACAGAUCAGUAAAAAGUAAAUCUACAUUCCGUGCAAAUCACUGAAGUAGCAAGUCAUAUUACUUAUGAAUGUACUUUUAUAAAUAUCACAAGAAUGGAAAUUUGAAAAGGAAAUAGACUGAAAAUUAAAACAGUUGAAAGUUUAUUUAAAAUAUUAAAAAAAAAAUAGUUUUAAGUAUGUGUGGUGGGGAGGGGUAGUAUGAGUAUGAAUAUAUUAAAAUUGUACUUAUUAAACUACUAUUAUGACCAAUUACUUAUUUGAACAUUAUUGGUCCUUAUAUUUGUUUAGGUUUUGUUUUUAAUGAAAAAUGUUUACAACUGAGAAAUAAGUGUUAUUAGUUUAAAACUUUUUCAUGACUUCUUCAUGCAUAAUUGCCCUAAAAUAUUUUUUAUACUGUGUAGUGAAGACUAUUAGUACUUAUUAUUAUGAUGUUUUUCACCGUUAUUUGUCACCAGUAGUUAUUUUAGUAUUAGGCAAUGACUGGAAUUUAGGAUGACCUAAACCUUUUUCUAGUUCACUGGCUAAAAAGUAGUUAUAUCUAAUGGCUCUAUAUUGAAGCACUUGAAAAAUAUUACAUUUAUUAAAAGAUUAAAACAUUUUUAUCAAAAGCAUGUGGUUAUAAUUAUCAAUUCCUGUUCCAGUUUAUUUAGUUAAUAUAUUGUGUAUCUAUGUGUGUGUGUGUGAUUAAAUAAACCUCAAGAAAAA